UUGGAGCAGUUUGAAUUUCUACCCAUUGUUCUUUCUUUAUUAGAUAAUCUUGGAGAAGAUUGUCCUGUUUUUGAGAAUCUGUUUGAAUUCUGCCAAAUUUAUGCUGGUGGAACAAUAGAUGCUGCACGCAGAUUGAACAACCAGCUUUGUGACAUUGCAAUAAAUUGGGCUGGUGGAUUGCACCAUGCCAAGAAGUGUGAAGCGUCUGGAUUUUGUUACGUUAAUGACUUAGUUUUGGGCAUUUUGGAGCUUUUAAAGCAUCAUGCCCGUGUUCUGUACAUCGACAUUGAUGUGCAUCAUGGUGAUGGGGUAGAAGAAGCCUUCUAUUUCACUGAUAGGUAUUAAGAAACAUGAUAUGCAGUCUGUUAACUUGUGAUGUUGAUUAUCAUUUAACUUAGUAUGUGAUAACCAUAUAAAUAGCUUCGAUUUUACGGCCCUCUCAAAGCUAAUUUUCUGUUGAGCAGUUGGUCUAGGUGCAGUUUCAGAGAUGUCUAUUGUCAGUUUGUGAAAGCAUAUAGCCAUUUUUGU